AUAGGAGAAAAAUUUGAAGUUGGAGGUCAGUCAUUGUGUCUAAAUUAUGUGAACAAAAUAAAAUAACAUUACAUGUUGAAGAAAGUUCUUUAGGAGGAGGUAAAAAGUCUGUAUUUUGAAAACUUAGAUAGUGAGUUGGCAAAAUGGAACAAUCCCUUAUUCAAAUCCUUAUUAUUGAUGAAUACUAGUAGCUGUCAUUUGAUAGAUAUUAUUGUCGUGGGGAGCAGAACUUGAAAGGAAUUGAAGUUGUGAAGUUCUCUUCUUGAUUUUGUUGAGGACUUGUUUUUGUGAACUAACUGAUCACAUGGUACUCUCUCUGGCGAUGACGCCGCGAAUUUUCCUCUGUUUUCUGGUUGUUUGGAUCCAUGUUCUUGCAAUAGUAGCAUGGACAAAUCCUCAAGAUUCUGCUUCUUUACAGUCUCUCAAGGAUUCAUGGCAGAAUGUUCCGCCCAAUUGGGAGGGAACAGAUCCCUGUGGAAGUCGUUGGGAAGGAGUUGGAUGCAGAAAUUCGCGAGUAAUUUCCAUAACUUUAUCAAGUAUGAGUUUGAGUGGACAGCUAUCUGGAGAUAUUCAAGAAUUAGCUGAAUUGGAGACUUUGGAUCUAUCAUACAACAAGGAUUUGAAAGGAUCUCUUCCUCAGUCUAUUGGAAAAUUGACAAAGCUAUCAAAUUUGAUCCUUGUUGGUUGUAGUUUUUCUGGACCAAUACCGGACUCUAUAGGAUCUCUGACCCGGCUGGUUUUUCUAUCUUUGAACUCUAACGGCUUUACUGGAGAAAUACCUCCUACCAUUGGCUAUUUGACAGAGCUUUAUUGGCUGGAUUUAGCUGACAAUAGGCUUACAGGAACAAUUCCAGUCUCUAGUGGGAGCAAACCUGGUCUUGAUUUGCUUGUUAAAACUAAACACUUUCACUUUGGGAAGAAUCAGCUAUCCGGUGAAAUUCCAGCUCGUCUUUUCCAUUCUAAUCUGACUCUGAUACAUCUGCUAAUCGAGAAUAACAAGUUUACUGGAAAAAUCCCGGAUACAUUAGGACUUGUCCAGACGAUGGAAGUGCUUCGUCUUGACAGGAAUUUAUUAAGUGGAUCUGUGCCACAAAAUCUCAACAAUCUCACACAUGUCAAUGAACUCCACAUAUCGAACAAUAAUUUGAAUGGUCUUUUGCCGAAUCUCACUGGCAUGAAUGUCCUCAACUACUUGGACACGAGCAAUAAUACAUUUAAUGCAUCAGACUUUCCAUCAUGGAUUCAAGAGCUGCAAUCUUUAACAACAUUGGUAAUGGAAAACACAGGGCUUGAGGGAUCAGUUCCAGCUAAACUUUUCAGCCUAUAUCAGUUGCAGACAGUCAUCUUGAGGAAUAACAAACUCAAUGGCUCACUUCAAAUUGAAAGGACAUAUAGCAACCAGUUGCAGCUCAUUGAUGUGCAGAGAAAUCUUAUCGAAUCAUUUACUCAAAAACCAGGAUAUCCCUUUCAGAUAAUGCUUGCAGGUAAUCCUUUCUGCAAUGAAGGAGGAGACGGAACAGAAGGUUACUGUACCAAAAGUCAACAAUCUGAGACGUAUUCAACCCCACCAGAUAAUUGCUUGCCAACUGAGUGCAGCUUUAAAAAUCAAAUUUCUAGUCCUACCUGUAAAUGUGCUUUUCCAUAUACGGGCAGCAUAUUCUUUAGAGCUCCUUCUUUUUCCAACUUGGGAAAUAGAACUAUUUAUGAGGGACUCCAAAAGUCUUUGUUGCUUUCAUUCCAAAAACGUCAACUGCCCGUGGACUCAGUUGCCCUCAGUAACCCAACCAAAAAUUUGGAUGACUACCUUGUAAUACACCUGCAAGUUUUUCCUUCUAGCCAAGAUUUUUUCAAUCGGACUGGAGUUUCCGGAAUAGGUUUUGUGCUCAGUAAUCAGACUUUCAAACCUCCGUCGUCAUUUGGACCUUUCUUCUUCAUUGGUGAAGGCUAUAAAUACUUCGAUGGGGCAUCUGUAGAAUCAAAGAAAUCUAGUAGUACAGGCAUUAUCGUUGGAGCAGCAGUUGGUGGUUCUGUCCUUGCAAUUUUAGCACUAAUUGUUGGUAUUUAUGCUUUCCGGCAAAAGAAAAGAGCUGAAGAUGCUGCAAAGAGGAGCGAUCCUUUCGCAUCAUGGGACUCAAAUAAACAUAGUGGUGCUGUUCCACAGUUGACAGGAGCUAGAUUUUUCUCAUUUGAGGAGCUCAAAAAAUGGACAAAUAAUUUUUCAGAAACCAAUAACAUUGGUUUUGGUGGUUAUGGGAAGGUUUACAGAGGAACUCUUCCCAAUGGGGAAUUGGUUGCAAUUAAAAGAGCUUUACAAGGGUCUAUGCAGGGUGCACAUGAGUUUAAAAAUGAGAUAGAGCUUCUCUCAAGGGUUCAUCACAAGAAUGUCGUUGGCCUUGUUGGAUUUUGUUUCGAUCAAGCUGAACAGAUGCUGGUGUACGAGUAUAUUCCUAACGGCACCUUAAAAGACGGUCUUUCAGGCAAGACAGGGAUCAGGUUAGAUUGGAUGAGGAGACUGAAAAUAGCCGUGGGAGCAGCCAGGGGUUUGCAGUAUUUGCAUGACCUUGUCAAUCCUCCCAUCAUACACAGGGACAUCAAGUCCAACAAUAUUUUACUGGAUGAACGCUUAAACGCAAAAGUUGCUGAUUUUGGCCUGUCCAAGCUACUAGGUGACUCUGAAAGGGGUCACAUUACUACUCAAGUCAAAGGAACAAUGGGCUAUAUGGAUCCUGAAUAUUACAUGACAAACCAGCUGACUGAGAAGAGUGAUGUUUAUAGCUUUGGAGUAGUACUGCUGGAGAUAGUUACAGGAAAAGUUCCUAUUGAAAAAGGAAGAUAUAUUGUCAGGGAAGUGAAGACUGCAAUGGACAAGACAAAAGACAUGUAUAACCUUCAAGAAAUUUUGGAUCCUGCAGUUCACUCGAGUGCAAGUUCUAGAAGCUUAGAGAAGUUUGUGGAUCUGGCACUCAGGUGUGUUGAAGAAGAAGGAGUCAAUCGACCUACAAUGAGUGAAGUGGUGAAAGAGAUUGAAAAUAUUAUGGAGAUCGCAGGACUGAACCCGAAUGCAGAAUCUGCAUCUACUUCAGAAACCUAUGAAGGAGCAAACAAAGGUCACCAUCCGUAUACUGAUGAAAGUCUCUUUGUCUAUAGUGGGGCAUAUCCUCCUUCAAAGAUAGAGCCUAAGUAAGAUCAGUGCUUUAUUGGAUUUGCCCAAGCUUGUGGAAUUAGAUGGCACAUAACAUGCUUUGGCCUGUUAUGUGUGCUCAAAUUUAAGAGACUGCAGAAUGAUUCAAUUAAUUUUGUCAUUGGAGUAAAUUAUUGUAUCAACAGCACAACUAGAGAAAAUACUGAUAUUUUUUUUUUUUUUUUUGGAGAUAUUUAUUUUUACCUUCUGUAUAAAGUGUGUAAACUUUUUCUGAUCUCAAUUAGGUUGGUCAUUUGUAUAUGAGAAUAUAUAUAUAUUUUCAUCCUAAUAAAAAUUGUGCAUUCAAUUUUUCAGCUUUA